AUGAUCGCCUCGCAGCUGGUGGCAACUGUUACCUUCUUUACCGCCUUUUCGGGCGUACUCAUAAAUACUUACGUGGUUUACUUCAUUGGAAGAGUCUCAACGUUACGUAACUCGUUUGGACAACUGACUGCAGCUCAAGCCACCGCCGAAGCCUUUCUUCUAUCUGUUUUCGCCUUCUAUUUUUCUCCAUUAGUAUUUUUGGAAACAGAAUUUCUGAAAGGUCUAGCGAACUAUUUCUCGAUAUUCCUUCUUAUAUGUUAUGAUGUUUGUAAUUAUUGUCAUUUGCUUAUCUCCAUUAACCGUCUUACUGCGGUAGCUCUACCCUUACACUACGAACGCAUCUUCAGUAAGACAAAUACUACUCGACUAAUUAUAAUCACAUGGAUCAUAUCUGUUGCUACGUGCAUCUUUCUUUAUGGCAUUGUAAACUGUCAUCUGUAUUAUGAUAAUGAGUAUUGGCGCUUAAACUUCAUCAACAAUACUGUUUGUAAUACAAUUGUGUGGUAUGGUGAUUUUGUGAAGGAUUUUGCUACAGUGAUCAUCAUCAUUUUGGUUGACACCAUAACCGUUUGCCAUGUAGCUGCUUUAAGAAUAAGGAAUUCCAAAAAUAAACAGUCAAAAAGAGUGAAUGAAUCGAAUCUUUUGAAGCAAGCUUGCACUCAAGCAUUUGCUUUUGCGAUCGAACUCGUUUCGUAUUUUAUACUUGUUAACUACUUUGAGAACCGUUUUGUGAAAUAUGCUCUCACAGGAUACGCAUGGAUUACUCUUCAUUCUAUCGAUGGACUAAUUACAAUAUAUUUUAACAAAGAGUUCAGAAACUUCAAAAAGCUCAGAGCCCAUUAUUCGGAGAAGCAUACGUCAUCUGUGGUUAAUCUUACAAACCAUCCUUGA